AUGCAAGCAAAGGGAGAUGGGAGUGGCAGCUUUACGCAGCGUAGCCCUCGUAUCAUUAAUGGGGAAGGCAAUGAAAAUGUUGCGGACACCUUAAGGCGUCGCUACGUGCAGGCCGAGCUCCAAUUGCGGGAGUGUGAAGACCGUUUUCGUCGGGAUUGUGCCCGUCAGGAACAGGAGUUGGAGCUCAUCCAAUUUGAGAAUAAUAAACUAAAGGUGAGGAUAGAAGAGAUGCGUAUGGCAGAGAAUGCGGUAGAUAAGGAAUCGUCCUCACGGUCGCCUGGUGGCGCUUGUGUCGCAGCAGAACAUGACUCCAAGUUACUGAAGGCUUCCUCGCAGAAAUAUCGAUCUGCCCGUGAGGCUGUGGAACGCGCGCGCAAUGAGCUUGUUGAUUUGGAGGCUCAACUGUCAGCGGCCCGUGUUCGCUUCAACGAACUGCGUUGUAGACACGGCAGUACGAGUAGCGCAGCGAAUGCCAGUUCUCUCCAAACUUACCGCAACAGACGAGAAGAAGAAGAGCAAAUUGAGGCUUCUCGGGCUCGGUUGCGAGGGCUUGAGUCGCAUGUAGAGACCGAGUCAGAUCGCCUCUCCACUCUGAUUGAAGAGGGGAAGGCGAUGCGAUUGGAAAUUGACUUGCAAAUCACCAUGCAGAACCAAGUAGAUGCUCUGAGACAGGAUCGUGAAGGGGAGAUGGUGGAGAUUAUGAAAGAAACCUCCUUUCUUAUUGAAGUGUGCAACCUGCUUGUUGAGGAACGCAGUGAGUGCGAGCAUCAGCUGGCAGAAUUACGAAAGGCGGCAGAGGCAGACGCCGAAGCGUAUGAAAAAGCCUUUUACGAGCUUGUUGCCGUAGAGGACCGUAAUAAAAUCCAGGCGCAGAAUGUAAGGGAGGGCAUUGACAAGCUGACAGAUGAAUUAGCUGAAGUUGUCAAGGAGCGCACCGCCGCGGAGCACGAUCUUGUAAACAAGCACAACGAGACCGGUGCUGCUGCCCAGGAUGAUAUGGAUGAAGACGGUGAUGGUCUCGAGAGUCAGCUAAAAGAGUUUGAAGUCUACCUCAACCGUCUAGGGAAAAUUGUCGGCACUUGCGAUCUUGCUGAGGUCGAGAGUUACGUCUGCGAUGAAAAUGGGGAGCGGUUCCAGUUGUAUAAUGUCAUACAAAGCAAACAAAGCGCCGCGCGGGAACUUGAGGAGGAGAGAAAUGAGCUAAUGAAGAAACUCAAUACUCUUGUUGACGGUACUGAAAAGCAGCGUCAGGAGCGCGAGGAGGUGAAAAGGUUGCAAAGUCAUCUGAAGGACCUGCAAGAAGAAACUGAGGCAAUCGAAAAGCGGUCAGAGAAGACACGAGCAGUGCUAGCUGAAUCAGUUCUUCACCUGCAGAAAACAUACACUUCUAUUGGUUGUGUUGCGCCGAAGCUUGUUCUCACGAAGGAAGGCUCCACACCCUCGCUACAUUCUGUGCAUGAACUGUUCGCAGCCAUUGAACGUCGUACGGAGGACUACUUAGCCGUUUGGUCGCAUGACCGCAAUGGUAACCAAGCAAAGCUAAUGGGGGGGCGAACUGGACCUUUCACUGCACACUUGCUUGACCCAAUGCCAAAGUUUAUAAAGGAAGAAACUGACACUUCAAAACCAGCGGGUCUGACAAAGCCCCGUCAUGAACAGAUCGGUAUUGAACUAGACGAAGGCUACGGCAGCGGGUUGUCGAGCCCCGCAACGGCUAGAGGAGAGUAA